AUGGCGAGUGAGAGUGAGGUAAGACAAGGAAAAUCAAAAGCAAUUUGGGAUCCACCAACACAUGAGAAAAUGAUUGAUUUAGAUGAACAAGUGAGAGCAGUAAAUAAUCAACAGAAAUAUCCGGAUGCUGCUAAAUUUCGAGUGAGAGGUUUAGAACAUUCUUUCAAGCUGGAUGAGUUGUUCAGAGAUGUAAUUGCUACAGGAGCUAGAGCUUGGGCACCAACCCCUGGUUCACUACCUCCUUUAUACACUGAGGAUCAUAAUGAUAUAGAGAUUGAUGAUAAUUUGGAGGAAAGAGAUCAUGAGGGAGUGGGUGAGCCAAUGAGAAAAGAGACUAAAUUAUUGGUCCAAAUAGGAAGCAAUUUAAGAAGGGGAAAAAAGAAUAAUUCUACAACAUCAAAGUUGUCCAAACAACUUGAUGAGAUUUGUGAGGCGAUCAAAAAUAGGAGUUCAUACAUAUGUACCGAUCCACCAGGAUGUAGUGUUCAAGAAGUAAUCGAUAAGUUAGUUACACUUCCAGGUUGUGAACUGAUGAGCCCUCUUUUCAAAGUUGGUACUUCUUUGUUCACAAAGAAAGCAAAUAGGAAAUUUUUUGUAGCUUUGAAGGAGCCUAACUAUCAAACUGAAUAG